AUGUCCGGAAUAAGCGAAUUGUGUGUGGGGUUUUUUUCUUUGAUUGAUUUGAUUGAUUGUUUACUUGUGAUGCUAGGUGUUUUCGGGGUAUGUGUAUGGUACCGGUGGGGUUUGUAUUUUUUUUUUAUUUGGGAGGGGGGGGCAGUUAGGGGCGAACAGGAUUGAAUUGAUUGAAUUGAUGUGAUUGAACUGAA